AUGCGAUUUCAUCACAGCCUCACCGAUUCGUCUCUUUUCAUCUAUCAUCAUGGAGGUGACACUGCCUACCCGUUACUCUAUGUGGAUGAUAUUGUAUUGACGGCCUCUUCGACUUCUCUCCUCCAGUCCAUCAUUACUCAACUUAGCAGAGAGUUCGCAAUGACUGAUCUUGGAGCCCUUAAGUACUUUCUCGGCAUCUCUGCCACUCGCUCUCCUCAAGGUCUCUUUCUCUCUCAGCGGAAAUAUGCUUUUGAGAUCCUUGGGCGAGCCAAUAUGCUUCAAUGUAAUCCAGCUUGUACCCCUACAGAGACUACUCAUAAGCUGGACAACUCUGGUACUCCUAUUGCAGAUCCAUCAUUAUAUCGUAGUUUUGCCGGUGCCCUCCAGUAUCUCACGUUUACUCAUCCAGAUAUUGCAUUUGCAGUUCAACAAAUAUGUUUAUUCAUGCAUGAUCCUCGGGAACCUCAUAUGAAUGCUCUCAAGCAUAUACUACGCUAUGUUCGAGGAACUCUGGACCACGACCUGCAGCUUCAUGUUUCCUCGUCUUCUGAUCGUCGUGUAUAUUCAAACGCCGACUGGGGAGGAUGCCCCUUCUCUCGCCGUUCGACCUCCGGUUAUUGUGUUUUUCUCAGUGAUAAUCUUAUUUCCUGGUCUUCUAAACGACAAGGGGUCAUUUCUCGCUCCAGCGCAGAGGCAGAGUAUCGCGGUGUUGCUAAUGUUGUCGCCAAGACUUGUUGGGUUCGUAAUUUACUUUGUGAGCUUCAUAGUUCUCCUACCAAAGCCACUAUUGUUUAUUGUGACAAUAUUAGCUCCGUUUACAUGACAUCGAACCCUGUUCAGCACCAACGCACGAAACACAUCGAGAUUGAUAUUCAUUUUGUUCGUGACUUGGUUGCCUGGGGUGAUGUUCGUGUCUUUCAGGUUCCAUCGUCCUCUAGUAUGCAUACAUCUUUACCAAAGGCCUUCCUACUCAACAUAUAA